UGUUUGCGCGACUCGGCCCCUCCUCUUUCCUUGUGGUGUGUUCCAUUCAGUCAGCGACGAGGAGUUCCGCGUGGAGGGUCCGCCCUGAGGCGGUGCAGCUGGUGGAAGGCCAGUGUUGUGCUGAGCCGCCUGAGGUCCCGGGAGGUCUGUUUGCGCUCGCAGGCUUACGUUAAAUAAUUGCCACCGGUGAUUCGAGUCACGUUGCCGACGUGCCCGUGUUCCGCCGCCCCCUGGACCUGGCGGCGGAAGCGCGUUCGGGAGCCUUUCUGUUUAGGCAACCAGGCAUCCUUCUUGAAGAAAAGAUAAAGGAAGACAGGAUGGUGGCUGACUGCCUGACAGGUUGCUAUCAGGACUCGGUGACCUUUGAGGAUGUGGCCCUGGACUUUACCCAGGAGGAGUGGGUUUUACUGGACCAGAGUCACAGAGAGCUGUACAGAGAGGUGAUGCUGGAGAACUACGAGAACCUGACCUCCGUGGGUGCAGGGGGUGAGCUAGUCAAGCCUAGUCUGAUCUCCUGGCUGGAACACAAGGGGUCCUGGAGGACGGAGCAGGGAGGAGAUGCCCCCGAAUGGAAAAUGCAACUUAGGAGCAGAGAGUCAACAUUUGAGCAAGGUGUUUUGACAGAACAAACUGCCAGUGAGAUACUAACGGCGGGCAUCCACGGUGCAGGGCAGCUUGGUGACCAGAAGCACUGGGGAGAAAUCUUAAGUGAACACUCCUAUUCCAAGACACACAUGACCACCCAAAGUUCAAGGAGCUCUUGUGACUCUGGCCAGGAUGGAAAACCCUUUUCUACUCUGAAGGUGACAGCUUCUACUGAACAGAAUUUUUCUGCAUUAAACGAAUGUGCAAUGGCCUACAGCGCAACUCCAAAUGCUGCUUUCCAGAGGAUGAGCAUGCAGCACAGAUCUUUCGGAUACAGUGACUGUCCCUUCCUUAGUAAGUCAUGCUUUCAGACACAUGUGAGAAAUCACAACGGUGAAAAGCUCUAUGAAUUCAAGCUAUUUGCAAGAGAUUGUCUGUGUUCCCAAAGUGGAGCUGUCCCUUUUCGAAUGUAUACUAUCAAAGCCUAUGAAUGUAAGGUCUGUGGGAAAGUCUUUGGGUAUUCCUCAAACCUUAACAGCCACAUGCGAACCCACACUGGAGAGAAGCCAUACGAAUGUAAGGUUUGUGGGAAAGUCUUUGGGUAUUCCUCAAACCUUAACAGCCACAUGCGAACCCACACUGGAGAGAAACUGUACGAAUGUAAGGAAUGCAAGAAGUCCUUUACAACUUCUUCAAGCCUAACAGAACAUUUCAGAAUUCAUACCGGAGAGAAGCCCUAUAAAUGUAAGGAAUGUGGGAAAGCCUUCACAAAGCGCUCGGGCCUUGCUACACAUGUGCAGACACACACGGCAGAGAAGCCGUAUGUGUGCAAGGCGUGUGGCAAAGCCUUCAGUGUUUCUUCAAACUUAACUGAACACUUCAGAAUUCAUACUGGAGAGAAGCCCUACCGCUGUGAGGAAUGUGGGAAAGCCUUCCAUGCUGCUUCCUACAUGCAUAAACAUGAAAGGAUCCAUACUGGAGAGAAAACCUACGAAUGCGAGGAGUGUGGGAAACUCUUCCACACUUCCUCCAAUCUACGGAAACAUGUACGAACUCACAGUGGAGAGAAACCUUACCAAUGUAAGGAAUGCGGGAAAGCCUAUAAAAGGUGUUACCUGCUGACUGAACACCUAAAAACUCACACGGUGGAGAAGCCCUUUGAAUGCAAGUUAUGUGGAAAAUCCUUUAGAAGUUCUGCCUGCCGGAAUAAGCACAUUCGAAUUCACACAGGAAUCAAACCCUAUAAGUGUCAGUACUGUGGGAAAGACUUCACUGUUUCUUCAAGUCUGACUGAACACAUACGAACUCACACUGGAGAGCGGCCUUAUGAAUGUAAGGAAUGUGGGAAAUCCUUCACCACAUCCUCGUGUCUGAUUGUUCAUAUAAGAACUCACACUGGAGAGAAACCCUACCAAUGUAAGGAGUGUGGGAAAGCCUACAAAAGGUGUUACCUGCUGAAUGAACAUGUGAAAACUCACACAGGGGAAAAGCCCUUUGAAUGUAAGGCAUGUGGAAAAUUCUUUGGCAAUUCCUCGUGCCUUAAUAAGCACAUUCGUAUUCAUGCUGGAAUAAAACCCUAUAAGUGUCAGUACUGUGGGAAAGCCUUCACCGUUUCCUCAAGCCUGGCUGAACACAUCAGAACACACACAGGGGAGAAGCCCUAUGAAUGUAGGGACUGUGGGAAAACCUUUACAACAUCAUCAAACCUAUAUCACCAUGUAAGAACUCAUGGUAGAGGAAAGCCCUGUAAUAUCAGGAAUGUGGGAAGGCCUACAGUAGGUUUUACCUACUAAGUGAGCAUUUAAUGACACAUUGACCAGCAGCCCUUUAAAUGGGAAGAAUGUCAAAAGUCCUUUAUGAAUUCCUUACAUGUCAGUUGUCACACUGGAAUUUAUACUGAUGGGAAAGCUAAUUAAUGUAAUCAUUGAGCAGCCUUUAGUUUUGGCGGAAUUUCAAAGACAGUGAAAUCUCUCUUCUCAAGACCCUCUGUGAAUUCAGUAAUCUCUAAGGUUAUUAGAGACUGAUCAGAAGGCAGCAUUCUAAGGACUCACUUUUGGUAGGCCUGGUGGUGCAUGCCUGUAAUUUCAGCACUUGGGAGGCUGAGGCAGAAGAAUCACUGAAAGUUUGAGGCCAUCCUGGGCUAUAUAUUGAGUUAAGGCCAGCCUGAACUACAUAGUGAGACUCUGUCUCAAAAAAAAAAAAAAAAAACAAACGAAAAAACUUACCCUGGAGCGAGAUGAUGUAACAAAUACAAAAAAACCUCUCAGUGUUUCCUGGAGAUUUAAUAAAUGUGUCAGGUCUUGUAGUAGAGAGGAACUCUGUUGAUGUGCAAGAUGUUGAAAAGUUGUAAUUCUGCUAAAUACUUUGAUGUUCACUUGUGAUAUCAAGGUGGAAAAACAAUUUUUUUUAAGGUAAGGAAGGGUACAGAAUCAAUUCAUAUUUUUAUUGUAGUACAACAAACUGAACUCGGGGCCUUAUGCACACAAGCAAGCACUCCACCAGUAAGCUACAUGCCAAGACCCUUUUAUUUUGAGAUGGGGCCUCAGUUGCCCAGGCUAGCCUCAAACUUGGAAUUCUGCCUCAGCCUCUCCAGUAGGCGGGACUCUGCUUCAAAGUUGUUUCCUACAUGUCAUUCCACAAACUCAUAACAUGGAGGUCUGCAACAAGACAAAAAGUGUUCCUAACAGAGGAACAGCAUCUCUGUUUCAUGAAAUCUUGGAUGCUGACAAUGGAUAUAGCCUUCUGGAUGAUGUUUCUUGGUUGUUUUGUUUUUGGUCUUUUUCAAACAGAGUCUCGCUGUGCAAUUCAGGCUGGGCUUCAGCUCACUUUGUAGCCCAGGCUAGUCUGGAACUUGCAACAAUCGUCCUCCAUCAGCCUCCAAGUGCCCCCAUGCCUGGCUUGGAUGGUCUGUUUUGAAUAUUUGUGAUUCUUUCCUGGUUAUAUAAGUCAGUCUUGUGUAGUGACAAUAUUCAGCUCAAGUUGCUAUACCUUACAAGUUGCACCUGGUCAAAAAUGAUACUAAGGGCAUGAAUGUAUCUUUCUGCCUGUAGGAUUAACCCAUAGCCCUAAAGUACACCCCCGAGUUCCUUUUACAAGUGUAGAUUCUGUAGGGUUUGUCUUAAAGAUGAGUCAUCUGCAGAAGCUCACAGCAACCAAGUUUUGAAUCUGAUUCAGCUAUCAAAUUUGUUACAUUGUCCUUGUUUCAGAUUAAAGACCAGGGCCUGCCAGGAGUGAGAGAGAGGCUGAGUGAAAGCUGGUGGGGAGAGACCUCACUUUCAUGAUCAUAGAAAAGACAGCCACACUCUUUAUUCUUCACACUGGGAAUCCCAGUAACAUUAGACAAACACAGGAAGGGAGCGAGGGUCUUAAAGUUUCUUUUUCUCUAGAUCUGUUCCACAAAUUGGCAAAACUUUUUUUUUUGGGGGGGGGGGGAGGUACCAGGGCUCGAACUCAGGACCUCGUGCUUGCAAGGCAGGCAUUUAUGCUGCUGAGCUACAUCCCCAGACCUGGCGAAACAGUCUUUGAAUCAAGCAGAAACUCCAGCUGACAGUAGUAACCGCCUCUGAUUUGUCCUUCCAUAUUCUAUGGAAACAAAAACUAAACAAGUCUGAUGGCGCAUACCUAUAAUUCCAGCACUCAAGAGUCUGAGGCAGGAGGAUUGCUAUGAGUUCAGGACCUGCCUGGGCUACAUAAUGAGUCCAAAGCCAAUCUAUAAUGGAGCACCCUGUUUUUAAAAAUUACAUAUAUAUACACACAUACAGAUUGUCCUAUACCAUGUUUCUUGGUGCUGGAAAUCAUGAUGACACUUUGCAGUCUCAGUGGUCAAAAUAAUUAUAUAUAGCUGGGUUAUGAAUUAUGUUGUGAUGGCCAUAAGAGCUGUUUGGCAGCUAUCAACCAGUGCACUAUAACCCAAAACAAGGCAAACAUUAAAUCCUGAACAGAAGGGACCUGCACACCUUUUGUUUUUAUUUUCUAAAGAGGAAGAAAACCAGAAAAAUCAAAUAGCAAAAAAAAUGAAACAGCAGUAGCGAUACAGGAUUUCAAAACAAGAUGAUUGGAAUUUAAUGGUGGUUAUAUUGUAUAUUGUUACCUUCAAAAUAGUUGCUCAGGUUACCAGAUACACAAAUAAACCACAAUAAAACACAACAAAACAACAGAUUUCAAAAACAAGGAAACCCCCCACUGUUGCUAUAAUGCAUUUAGUUAUCCUUCAAAUAAAUGCUCAAGACUACCAGCUUUACACCUGCAAAGUCAAUAAAAUAAUACAAGAAUUAAGGAGGGGCCAAGGUUUGGUUCAGUUUUUGUUUUUUUACUUCAGCUGCUAUCAUCUCAGCCUGAGUUCCUCCGAAUCAGCCAAACCAGCUGCUCGGGGAGGGCAGCCUUGUUACUUUCCUUGUCUCCCAGCCUGUGCACCACUUGGCUCACAGGAAGGUCUUGUGGGUUGGCUUGUUGGUUUUCCUCCCAGCCUGCAUGGCUGCCUCAGUUGCAGGAAGGCCUGAUGAUCUGAAAUAAGAUACUCCCUGGGAACCCGUUCGGAGCUUCCUAUUAGCAUAUGUGGAUUGUGGGUGAAGUAUGUACUGCAGGCUUGGCUCACCGUUGACUUUAAACUCGUGCUGAUCAUAUUGACAAAUGACAGCCUGGUGUCACAGCCCACUUUUCUCCCUGCUCCCUGUCACAGCCCACUUUUCUCCCUGACUUUCCUCUCUCCAUUGGCGAUGAAUUCAGAUUCAUCAGACCCUCUUCUGUAGACUGUCCAUGGGCCAGAGCUCUUUGGGCACAAAAUGUACACAAAAGCAUUGCUUUGGUAUUUGGGGUUUUGUGUAUGCCUAGCUUACUACUGUGCUGCCCAUGUCUUAGUUACUUUUCUCAUUGCUGAGACAAACUACCUGACACCCAAAGUUAAAGGAGGAAAGGUUUAUUUGUUCACAGUUUGUAGAGGUUUCAGUCCAUUAUUGGCUGGCUCCAAGUCAGGGUGAUGUGGUAGAGGGACAUCAUAGAGGAGAAAUAGUCCACAGCGAGCUGACAGGACAGCAGAAGCACACCAGCCACCAGCCCCUUUGAGUUCUUACAACUUAUCCAGGACCCUCACCCUUAGUUAGGGUGGGCAGCUUCACACCCUUAGUCCCGGUGCCCUUAAUCCCAGCAUCACACACACUACAGCCAGCCACCUCUGAGAAAGCCCCAAUUAGGACCCCCACGGGUUAGAGUGGGCAUCGAAAUAGCCAUGACCACCUAUGGUUUUAAUGUAAUCUCGGCCAAAACGUACAGCUCUGUGCCCCGUGUCCAGCAAGGAAGUUUGAAGGGGGUACUCCUCCAGGUACUAUCUGAAAAUUGACAGAUGUUUUCCGUUUCCGCAGGAGACUACCAAACACUGACACCUCACAGGGAAGACUGCUGUCUUCUUGGUGCCUUUUAGUAGUCCUUACCGAUGUCCAUGUUGUCUUACUCAUUCCUAUCGAAUUCAAAGAAAACCAUUUAUUUUUAUGUUUUUCUAGUGCAUGAGUUUAUAACCUCAAACAAAAUUACAGAGCUGUCAUCUUAUCCUCACACAUCCUUGUAAUACUUUACAACACUGCAGAGAUAUAGUUAUUCAUGGUAUCUUUGUUUUUGAUCAAUAUGUGUAUUGAAGAGCCUGGUUAUAGCUAGGCCUACAAAUAUCUUUCUACUUACCUUCUUGUUACUCUCGUAAUAAAGUGUUCUGUGGGA